AUGGAUGAACCAAAGUUACCACCAAAUUACUGCCCAUUAGCAGACGGCAAAACUGGAUUUUUGCACGUUUUGAUGACGAGAACGUUACUGAUAUAUCACGCAAUUGGAAAAAGUACACGACUUUUGGGAAUUAUAAGAGUUGUGCGCGUCGCAAUUUUGUUGAGUCUUGGUAAGGAAAGUACAUACAAAUCUUGUAUCACAUACUAACAUUACAUUAAGAAGAGUGAAAUAAGGCUUUGAUAAAGUAGAAUGUGUUAGAAUAGGUCAGGGUAAGGUAAGAUGCAGUAAAAUUGUACGGUUACGUUACAAUUGGGUAGGACUACGGCAAGUAAGGGUAUAAUUAAGCACGACUAUAUGAUGAUUAUGGUAGGGAUAGGUAAACUUAAGGAAAGCUAGAGUAAGUCUAAGGUAGGGUUAGGCUAAACUUAAGUAAAUAAAGCUAUAGUAGUUCUAAAUCAAAGCAGAAAUAAAAAGCAAUUUAUAAAAAAUUUUAUUUCAGUUUUCUACCAGCUAUGCUACACUCUUUACUUCAUGGCCGCCUAUCGAGGUCAACGUCUGGAUCGAUCGUUGGUUUAUUUCUGCUGGUUGUUUCAAUCAUUCAUCUCUAUGGUAGGUGCAAGGCAAGGGUGUAGCCAGAGGUAGACAAAAGUAGGACCAGGUUAAGGCAAGGGUAAGGAUAAAGUAAAAGAAGGAUAAGACGAUGAUAUGGCGAGGGUAUGGCCAGGUUAGGGCAAGUUUAGGGCAAAAAUAAGGCAAGAGUAGUACUAGGGUAAGGCAAGGGUAAGGCCAAGGCAAAGCAAGGGUAUGGUCAAAGUAAGGCCAAAUAAAUUACAGGCCUGGUCUUAAAUCUCUCUUCUAUGACAUUAAUAAGAUCAAUACUAUUAAUAAUACUUGUCGUCAUAACAAAGUUAUUUGUUAAGUGAUACUUGUAUUGCAUUAAAACCACACGGUAACAUUGUUUACAAUUCUAAAGUUAAAAAUAAAUUGAUUACAAGGAAGUUAUGAGUUGUAGUAAUAAGGCAAUUACUAUUAGUACAUACGAUACAUAAUAUAGUACGUAUUUGCUCUACGAUAAAGACUUGAUGUACGCGUUCUUCUCUAUAACUUCUCAAUGUAGCUUAAUAUAAACGAUAUUAUUCAUCAGUUCUUGAUAAAUCUAGAUAUUCAUGUCACUUAUACAUUACUAUAAUAUGACAAUACUCAUAUCAAAAUUUAGGUAUUCAUCGUAUAUUGGCAGAGAAAAGGACAGCUCAAGUCUCUGGUCGAAAUUGUACCAUGGAGAAAUGCGAUGUGCGAAAAUCAAACCUUGAAAAAGAACAAAAUUUGCAAAACUUUUCUAGUCUUCUAUGGAUUACUGAUAUUGAUCCUCACCAUCAAUGUCAUCAAUAUUGUCAAAGGAUUUGUCAACCCAGACUUGAGGCAUUAUGAUCCUGGAUUGUUAAAUGUAAGCCUAAAUUUUUAAUUUUUGCAAAAAAAAAGAGAAUUUGUGAUCGGUUUUACAAUUUUAUGAGUAAAAGAACGAAAUGUCACAAAAUUUAUUGAUUUUGUAAAAAAUAUUAAAAAGAGCAACUUUUUACUUUAAAAAUAAAAAAGUUGUUAAUUUUAAACCACAAUUAUUUAUUGCAUACUAAAAUUUAGAUAAAUGCUACAUUUGGAAAAGCUAACGAAAUGUCACAAAAAUUAUUGAAUUUUUCAACUUAUGAAAAAUGAAAAAAGGGUUCAUUUUACAAUUUAGAAAUGACAUAAUUUGUCAAUUUCAAACUACAAUUACGUAUUUUAGACUGAAAUUGAAUUCAAGACAUAUACUGGAAAAGUUGACGAAAUGUCACAAAACCUAUUGAUUUGAAAAACUAUAAAAAAGUUAAUUUCAUACUUAAAAAAAAACAACUCUUGUUGCUUUUAAACCACAAUUACGUAUUGUAGACCAAAAAUUGAGGCAUUAAAUAUUGGAAAUGUUGACGAAGUGUCACAAAUUUUAUUGGUUUUUGAAAAAAUUAAAUAAUUUUAAAACUUUGAAAAAGGUUAGUAGAGUAGGGAAAAACAAGUGUAAAAUACGAAUUUAAUUAGGAUAAUUUCCAAAAUUACAACUUUUUAUUUUAGGGUUACGGCAAGAACCUCUGGUUCAUGUCCAACAUAAUAGCCAUGUACGCCUUCUUUGUAUGGAAUACAGUAAUCACUUUCUAUGUUAUGACAUCGAUCUGUGUUCAUCAACAAAUCAAGAACUUUAAUGAGACAUUACACUUGGUUGGUGAGUCAAAUGACAGUGAUCAAAUAGCUGAGGAACUGCUCGAUAAGUAUGUGGAACAUGUUCGAAUUGGCAAAAUGAUACGACAAGCUGACAAAACCUUUGAAGUCUACACGUUUUUGAUGUUAGGGACUAACAUACCUACAACUAUAUUUACAUUACUAUCAUUGUUUCAUAGUAUGGACUCUGGAUGUUUCGAGUUGAUCAUGGGAUUGCCUGAUCUUUUGUUCUGCGUUCUGGAGAUUUGCAGUUUGACACUUCAUCCUGCUCGUGUUUUUUCAUCGGUAAAAACAAUUUUUUAAAAAUAAAAUAAAAAUUAUUUAUAUUUUAUAUUUAAAAAAAAAUUCAGAUCCGCUACACCGAAGCCAUUGUCUAUGCCAACAAGAACAUUUGGGUACCAUUCAAUUCCAAAGUGUAUCAAGUCGCUCAGAUGUUUGUGAAUCACUGUAAUCAAAACACAUUGGGAAUCUCAUUAUGGGGCUUUGCUGUUGUCACAAAGCCGUUGAUCUUGACUACAAUAUCAUUGACUUUGACUUAUCUUACUUUACUGUUGGAGAUGAAUGCUCCAGCUAAACUGAUCGGAGCCUAUUCUGAUGCUAUUAAUAGUACUCUUAGAGUUUGA